GGACUUCCGGUUUCGCCAUCGUGGCGUGCGUAUGGUGGCGAGUUAUCUCCCGCUUAAAAUUGGGAGUGAGUUCAAUUUACGGAUAGAUGAGACUUUUUUGGGCGCUCUGUAUGUGUACAGGCGCGUCCGCUGUUUGCCGGGAGUCUUUUUGUGUGGGGCUACUACUCGGUUCAUUGCGUGUGAGGAAUAUUUUUUUGCGAGAGGGGCGUUAACCUCUUUCAGCCGACAUGUCGGCUGGGGGCAACCCCUCGUCCCCCGCUUCGCCUAUUUUUGAAUACGCAAGAGAAGACUUUCAAGCUUUUCUAUCGGAGUCAAAGAAUUAUCCGGGGGAAAUGACGGAUAAUAUGGAGUUUGAAGAUGAAUCAAGAAAGCGUCCCCUUCCCUCUUCUACUGAAGAGGAGGAGGCUGCAGGAUCCGUGGCGAAUAAUAAGAGCAGUAAGAAAAGACAAAUCAACUCGAGUACUACGUCUUCCGCCUCGAAGAAAUCAGGUAAACAAGCUCAAACGGGUACGGUUAAGACAAAUACGAAAGGAGAGGUUAUCCCAACAAUUAAGAAUCAGGGCAGCAUGUCCGGGUCAAGUGAGUCGACUACCCUGUAUGGGGCUUACACAAAAGCUCCUUUUAUAGUUUUGUUCCGCAUCCCUACGACAAAGGAUCAGCCCAGGAAACGCUUCUCAAUGAUUACAAUGGCUAAAAAACUCAUGUCAGCGAACGUAAAAUAUGACAGCAUUGCGCCUUCUUCAUUCAACACGUGGAAGGUUACAUUUCCGUCAAAAGCCGCGGCUAACAUGGCUCUGAGGAACAAGUUCAUUAAGGAUGAAGGAUUUAUAACAUACAUUCCGAAGUACAAAUUAACUCGUCAAUUUGUUAUAAGAAAUAUUCCUCUCGACUUAUCCUUGGCUGAGCUAAAGACUGUAAUCGAGAAAGAGAAUCAGGAUAUUCUAAUCUCGGACCUCUUCAGGCUGAAAAGAAGAGAUCGCACCACUGGUAUUUGGUCGGACUCGGAGGCGGUCUGUGUCCAGAAAUUGGGUGAAGAAUUGCCGGACCAUAUAAAGAUCUAUAGAACAAUUGUUCAUACAUCACCGUUUCAAAGGUGUUUGCAAUGUGGCAGCAAGGACCAUGUUAGCUCUAAGGAGAGGCCUUGUUCCGAAACAAAGAAAUGUAUCAAUUGCGAGGAAGAACACGCUACCAGUGAUAGAAAAUGCCCUAAAUUUAUGAAGAACCUCGAGAUUGCAAAAGCUAUGGCUGUUGAUAACCUUCCCUUUAUGGAGGCAAGGGCCUUAGUUCAGAAAAGGGAAAAUAAAAAUUGCCCGUUCUAUGAGGAUCGGCGGCCGCCAGUGUUUUCUUCAAGAAACUUCCCUCCACUUCCUUCGAGGGGCGGCGAGUCUACGUCAAACUUUGCGACAAGUCUACAAUCUAGUUCGAGAGGAAGAACAUUCGCUGCUAGCCUUAUGAAGGUGGCUCCGGAGAUCUCCUCCAAACUCUUGAAAAUAAUGGAAAAGGCGUCUACCAUGAAGCAACUGGACCAACUGGUGACUAGGCUGGAGAAAACCAUGAAGCUCCAUGAGGAAACCUUAAAAGAAUAGAGUUUUGUCAAAAGUUUUUUCCUUUUUACCUUUUUACGCGUUAACGCCAUUUGUUAUUAUUAUUACAGAUUCUUUAUUAGCUUAAUCAGUUUGCUUUGACUUAAAACUUCGCAUUUUUAU